CUCUUUAUUAAAUAAUCGAUGCUGCUUGGUUUUACUCUUGGCAAUGUGGUUGGGAUGUAUCUGGCUCAGAACUAUGAUAUUCCUAACAUUGCAAAGAAGCUUGAAGAUUUUAAGAAGGAUGUGGAAGCGAAGAAGAAACCUCCCAGUGACAAAUCCUAAGAGAGCGAUGUUACCCAGAUCACCUCUGUGCAUGCAUCAAGGAUGCAAUUUACCUUUCAGAGAAGAAAGAUCAAGUAGAGAGUUGGCGUGGAAGGUUUCUCUACUUUCAGUCUCCUAGAACUGGAAUGUCCUUUUGAAAGAGCAGUUGUGAACUUUUCCUGGGCCUGAUUUUCAAGAGUUUCAGAAUUUGGACUUGCAGCUGAUAUGUGACUGGAUAAGAUAAUUUGUAUUUUUCAUUAUGCUUUUCCUAAUAUUUUGUAACCCAUUUUUACCUGAUCCUGUUAGUCCUGUUACUGUGCGUACCUCAUACUUUAUAAUACCCUGGUUCUUAGAAUAUCACAAAAGAAAUUAAAUGCAUCAAGAAGUAACUUCCAGGGUUUCUUGUCAUUUGUUGUGAGCAGCGGUACUUCAUUGUCCUUAAGAUUCUCAUUCCAUUAUUGGAGAUAGGAAAGUUCAUUUAUCAAACUAGGAACCUGAGUGGGAGAGGAGAGCCCUUGCUUUUUCCAUUACAUUAAAUGAUCACCUCCAGCAGUGUAGACUUUGCACAAACAUGGCUGAUAUCAAAAAGUAUAAGAGGCUGUCAUCCUUAACCUAUGUUUCAAAUUCAUUGUUUCUUCUAUUAUUGUCUCUUCCUCUUCUUUCCCUUCUGCUUGAUUACUUGAUGAUGUCUCUAGAGCAAUGAGGAGGAUGGGAGAGAGAAGAGUUAUCUUCCAUAAGUGGUAGUUGGGGCAUAUGGAGGUCAGCAGUUACAUUGUGAAUCCAAACCAUUCAUUUUAUGUACUUAAUGGUCCAGUUUGUGUAGUUCUAAGUAUGCUUUUUUUAACUGCCUCUUGGUGUGCAACAAGGACUAGAGCUCAGUAUUUCUAUCAAAUAUGUCUGGUAUUCCUGUUACUUCCUCAUUCCUCUGCAUGGUCUUCAGCCCACUGCCUUUACAUUUGGUUCAGUUGUCUACUAUGUAUUUUCUUAGGAUUAGAACCAUUUAUCUGCUGUCCCCCUUACUGUUUGUUUGGUCUACUCUUCUUCACCCGUUGCUGUCACUAAAAACCCUGGUGUGUGAGAAAAUACACAUUGUAUUGUAUCACUGUCCUUUUCUGUUUGAACAGAAAGCAAAGUCUGCAUUUGGAAACCAGUCUGUUGUAAAUUCUUUUGUAAAUUCUGAAGAAAGUAUUGCCAUAAUUUGAAUAGAUGUAACUUUUAUUAAUUCAACAAUAUCAAAUAAAUUUUUUUUUUUUUCUGUAAAA